CACUUCAUGACGCAUGCGCGGUAAUUACUCCGCUAUAGAGGGAGACAUGGCGACGUCCCUGAUCUGCGGCCGUUUGACAGCCAGCCUGAGGAAUUCAGGGGCCAGGAACACGAUCAGCUCCGCUUCUAAGGUCCUUGGCGGUUCUCCAGGUCUGUUUGGAGGCCAUGCGUCCCAGCCGCAGCCCCCCCACCUGCAGCAGCAGCAGAGGAACCUCUCCCUACACGAGUACAUGAGCAUCGGGCUGCUGAAAGAGGCCGGCAUCUCUGUUCCCGCUGGCAUGGUGGCCAGCUCCUCGGAGGAGGCCUACACUGUGGCCAAGCAGAUCGGGUCAAAGGACCUGGUGGUGAAAGCUCAGGUGCUGGCCGGUGGCAGAGGCAAGGGGACGUUCGAGGGCGGACUGAAAGGGGGAGUGAGGAUCGUCUACUCCCCAGAGGAGGCCCGUGACAUCUCGUCCCAGAUGAUUGGUCGAAAGCUGUACACCAAGCAGACCGGGGAGGCGGGUCGCAUCUGCAACCAGGUGUUCAUCUGCGAGCGCAGGUACCCGCGCAGAGAGUACUACUUCGCCAUCACCAUGGAGAGGUCCUACCAGGGCCCCGUCCUAAUUGGCAGCUCGCAGGGGGGCGUGAACAUCGAAGAUGUUGCGGCAGAAAACCCAGACGCCAUUGUGAAGGAGCCCAUCGACAUUGUGGAAGGCAUUAAGAUGGAGCAGGCUAUCAAGGUGGCUCAGAAGAUGGGCUUCCCGCCGGCGCUGGUGAACGAGGCGGCGGAGAACAUGGUCAAACUCUACAAUGUGUUCGUCAAAUACGACGCCUCCAUGGUCGAGAUCAACCCCAUGGUGGAGGACUCCUCAGGCAUCGUGAUGUGCAUGGACGCCAAGAUCAACUUUGACUCCAACGCCGCGUACCGUCAGAAGAAAGUGUUCGACAUGCAGGACUGGACCCAGGAGGACCCCCGAGAUCGGCAGGCCGCCAAGGCCGACCUCAACUACAUCGGCCUGGAUGGAACCAUCGGCUGCCUGGUAAACGGAGCGGGUCUGGCCAUGGCCACCAUGGACAUCAUCAAGCUCCAUGGCGGCACGCCGGCCAACUUCCUGGAUGUCGGAGGAGGAGCCACAGCUCAUCAGGUGACCGAGGCCUUCAAACUCAUCACCUCUGACAGGAAGGUUCAGGCCAUCCUGGUCAACAUCUUCGGCGGCAUCAUGAGGUGCGACGUCAUCGCCCAGGGCAUCAUCAUGGCUGUGAGAGACCUGGACCUCAAGAUCCCCAUCGUAGUGCGGUUACAAGGGACGAGAGUGGACGAUGCUAAAGCUCUGAUCGCUGCCAGUCCGCUGAAAAUCCUGGCCUGUGACGACCUGGACGAAGCUGCCAAAAUGGUUGUAAAGCUUUCUGAAAUCGUCUCGCUGGCUAAGGAAGCUCAAGUGGACAUCACCUUCCAGCUGCCCAUCUAAGAAACCUGGACCUUUGACCUCCAUGGCCCCCUCACCCCCAACCCCUCCCCAGCACUUCCUCUGUCACCUCCCCGGACGCACCCGUAGCGGCCCAGCACUCCUCCCCCUCAACUGACAGCCAGAUGAUCCCUCACACCUGGGACACGUUUGGGUUUUCUGUGGCAUGAUGGCACGACUCUGCACAGGCGUCCAACAGCAGCAGAGAGUAGCCUCCUUUGUAGUCACACUGGUAUCUUCUGUCUCCGCCCUACGUCCCUCUCCUACUUUCCUCUAACAUACGUUGCACUUGAGUCGAUGCGCACAAAUCUCCGCCUUCAACGCCCCCCCCCGGCCUUCUCCACUGACCCCCACGGUCCGGGAGGGAGACACCAGUCCGUUUACUCGGUCCUCGUUGGGACAAGCUGCUUCGGCCUGUUAGAAAAAUAAAAACAGACCAGUUGACGUGUUCUGCUGUUUGAUUUCAAAUUCGAAUGACUGAAGAAGCUGCUUUCACUCACUUCAUUUUGUGUCUUCAGUUGUGAGACAGGAGCCUGAGAGGCUGUAGAAAGGUGCUGUUACAUCAAGUGGGUGCAAACAGCUGACUGAAGAGGCUUCAGGAACCAGGAGAGUAGUCCCGUCAGUUUCAAAAAUACACACAUGUAGUUUUGCAUGAGUGCCUUUUCAGUGUGUUGUCCAAACAGGAAUGUAACAGAAUAAAGAGUGGACUCGUUCCCUUCAUGUAUGACUUUGUGUGUUUUCAGCGCUUCAGCUGACCCCGCGACGAAAUGCUUCAACCAGCACCAUGCGGUAAAACCGUUACUGCAUUUGACUUCAGGAAACGGCCUCAAUUUGACGACAGCGCCGCCAGCGCAGCUCUGAUUCAGUAAUAGUGUUGGAGCGCAGCAGCUGAGAGGGGUUCAGCAGCUGUUCGUGGCUGGUCAGACGGCACAUCUGGGGCCGCCGCUUCUUUCCAAAAGCCGAGGAACCUUGCCGAGCUCCUCCCUUACAUCGCGAUACUGUUAACAUCAGUCGCUGCUGCAUCCCAGGUUCAUGUAAUUAAUUACGAAGCUAAGUUUAGGUUCACUGUCCAGCAUCUGGAGAGGGUGGAGCAGCGGUUACAAGCACAGCUGGGUUCCCCAAGCUGAUAACUGUACCGAGAUUCCUGCCCCUUAUUGGUUCCUACCCACGCGGACGGUUUUGGUUUGAUUUGUCCAGGCUGUGAGAUAUUUAAAAAUAAGUCUGAGGUUUCUGCCUCGACCUUAAUACACUGGAGGUGAAGUGAAUGGAAGUUAACUUGUACAGUUUCACAGCAUUAAAGAAAUGACGCCAGCGACAUCUCUUUCCAGAGAGUGUCCUGGAAAAUCCACCGGCUUCACUGGAGCUACUUUCUGCUGAAGACACAGUCCCAAGGAAAAGCCCAAAUAUCUGCAUGGCGAGAUACUAUUGGCUAGUGAGAAAAUAUGUGGGGGGUUUUUUUUGUAAUUUUGUGGAGUUGACCUUUUAAACCCAGUGUAACAAAUCUCUUAUUGAACAUUUCAUCUCAUUACUGAUAAAGGAGGUGAAAAGAAGCAAAGAUAAUCCUUAAAACGUAGCAGGAUGUGUCAGGAUACACCCAGGGAGGGAUUAUGAGACAAUGGACCCCUGGACACAGUCAAGUAACCCCCCCCCCCCAGAUAAGACAGAACGCAACUAACGAUUUUUAUUAUCUUUAUCUGUCUAUUCUCAAUUAAUCAUCCACGUGUAUGAGACAUCACAAAUCGGUGAAAAUUAAAUUCCACAAACUGCUGCAGUUGCAACUCUGCGUCUCUUUGUGGUCGCUUUGCGUCUUUAGACUGACCUUCCAGCUAACAGUGGGGUCAGGGGUCUGGGGGCCCCUGGGCCAGAGCCUCAGGGCCUCAGGGCCUGCGCCCGGUAUUCAGCCAUGGGUUCGCCACGUCCCAGUUUUCCAGCGAUGACACGCGCUCCCCAGCUCAUCACAUCCCCGUUACUGUAUCUGGACGACGGCGUCCGUCGGCGUGACACGGUGGGAAGCGAGUUAAUGAUGCGAUGCCGCCGGUGUGGUUUCCCCUUCACGUUUGCGGGUUGAAAUGCAAACUGUCAGAUUUGAUCUUCUGUAACUACAUUAGUCGCUUUGCCAACAGACAAAAGGAAAUUCUUGGCUCAGUGGUUGAAAUCUUUCUUUUUUAAAGCUUUUUAAAGCGAAUUUUUUUUUUUAAAGAAAUGAAUUAUUCAGUGUUCCUGUCGCGGAGCUCGUGUUUUCCAGGGAAAAACCGUGAGGGAGGAAGAUGGAGACUACACGUGGAGUUGAGCGGACGUUGAAUCGGUUGGCGCGGCGCGAAGUUCAGGUUGAUGUUGGAGGGAGUCGUUAUCGUAGCAGUGUCGGGUUUAAAUGAGCUAAUGCAGCACUUUAGCUUCAUCCCCUGGGAGCUUAUUAGGUUUUUCUCUUCCUUUGGUUUUACAAGAUACGAGAAUUGGACUGGAAACACCGGAGAUCUGUCUUUCGGUGUAUUUACUUGGUUCUACUAUAGCCCCCCUUUGUGGGAAAACUGGCGGCUCCAGGGUUGGAUGCCGCUGUGUUUUCAGUCUGCCAUCAUGCCACAACGCUAGCCGUUUUCUCUCGGCUGUUGUUUUGGUUUGUGUCUAACAUCAGAGUCGAGUUGGGCCGAGUCCCCUCAGCAGAUCAGUAAAAUGACUGUAGAUGUUUCUUUUUCCCUCCCUCUUCCUCCUCCUCCUCCUCAUCCUCCUCCAGCGCUCCGAACACAGACAUUGUGAGUUGUACGUCAUUUAUUAUAUCUUGUAAAUAACCAAACCGAUAUUCUCGCUAUGUAAAAUAUUUAUGCUCCUCAAGGAGUAAGACAAAGGAAGAAACAAAAUAAAUAGAGAACAAUGA